AUGUCUCUGCAGAACACUGACUCAGCCAAUCAGACCAGCCCAGAAUCCGAGACUCACAUUACAACCGCCUUUGAAAUCACCAAACAACUACGUGAUGACCCCAAUGCCAAAACCGUAAUAGGCCCCAACACCAGACACCAUGACGAAGUAGACCAAGGAACACGCCCGUCGUAUAAGGAAGCCGAGCGUUACUCUCGCAAUGAACCACAGAAGCCAUCCUCUCCCAAACCCAAGGAGAGAUCCAAAUCCCCAUCCCGUUCGGAGGCCAGCAAGAACUCAAACCUCAAUCUCGACCCGUAUCCCAACCUCGACUACAUUGAUUCCGAGGAAGAACCAGCAAGUUAUGUUAACAUGCAAGUAACGGAUGCACCACAUGGCUAUCCUAUGCUCGCCCGCUUCAUCUCUUCUCACGAAGACGGCUACAUCUUCCGGGAGUUCCGCUACCUACAGUCCCGGACGCUCUUGCACAUGCAAGAUGAGCUUCGAGCCCUCGAAGUGCAGCUGCACAGGAUGGACCAGUUUGAUGCUAAACACAGGGCCACAUUUCUAAUGACGAGGGAGGUGGAUGAUGAUCGACUGGGGGCAAGGGGACGGUUGAUGGAAGAGAUUGCGGAGAAACUGAAGAAGUAUGGCGAACUCCUCACCAUGUCCAACGAUCUUGCCAACUUCGACCGACCAUCCCGCUUCGACCUGCAAAGUCUCGAUAACUUCUUCCGAGACAAAGAGCCGCUGGUUAGACACGAGCGAUACCUCGGGUGCCAGUCCGACAUGAUAACCCUCAAAGCAGGGAGAGAUGACGCCUGGCUUGAUCGGGUAAUCAUGCAGUUACUCGUCAAGUACAACUGUGCACCACUACGGUACAUCUUCGCCAACGCCCACACCAAGAGCCAUGCCGAUAGCAAGCACACACCAUUAAACCUCUUUUCCAUUGCCCGCGUCCACUUCCUCAAGAUGGUCAUUCUAAUCUUGCUCAUGCUCUGCCUGCUAUGCCUCCCUUUGGUUCCGCUUUAUUCCUGGACGCAGGGAGGCGCCGCGGUAACUGGACAGACGCUGGCCAAGAUCAUGGGCUCGAUCGUGGCGUGCGCGUUUGCAUUUGGUGUGGUGUUGAGUGUGUGUACGAGAGCGAAGAAGCAUGAGAUCUUUGGGAGUUGUGCUGCGUAA